GGUCUUGGCAUUGAACAGGAAAAUAAACCAUACAAAAUAGAUUCAAAAAAAGGAUCGCUUGAAGAUCUUCGGAUAACUUUUAAAACAAGAAAACAGUUCCAGUGACUCUCUAUCCUUUUGGAGUCUGCGGGCAUCCGUUGCGCGAGCUUCCUUUCACCCGGAAAGAUUUAACCGUUCAGUUGACGUCAUCGGGUGUGAGAAAGAUGGCGGAGUGUGAGGAGGAGGUGUUGGUGCAGAGAGUUGUUAAAGACAUCACUAACGCGCUGAAGAGAAACCCGAGCAUGUGAGUACGAAGGACUUCAAACACGGCCAGUGGACAUAGGGAGGGAGCGGGAUGUUCGCUGAAUACUGAGAAAAGGAACAGCGUUUACCCUUUGUGGGCUCUGGCUAUCACCUGGAACACAGCGGUACAGAUACCGGUGUUCUGUUGAGAUUUGCUGCUGUGUGUAAAAAUGACACCGUCGCGCGAACCAACACCGGAGUUUAUCAGAAAAAUGUCUAACGGAAUCACCUUAUCAAAACUCUCAUUACUCGCUGCAUACUAGCUUCGGAUAUUUCUUCACUUUGUUGAAUAAAAUUGAAAGUAUUCUCGAGAAAUCGACUAAAUGAAAAGGAGCGUUUAACUAUUAUCACGGCUACGAGCUUCGCCGGUUGUGACACUGCGCAUGCUCCGGCACGCGAUGCGCCCCCUCGAAGCGUAUCUGGAUUGGUAGCUGUUUUUGACAGAACACCGGCUUAGCUUGACGUUAGCUGUUUAUCCAGUUCAAAUCGUGUUAAAGGGGCUAUUAGAGACACCCAGAGGGCAGCGUUUUUAAGACAUUUAAUGAGUGUUUGUGUUCACACGUGUGUUACUAUUGAAACUGGUGGUUUGCUGUGUGAAUAGCCCGCUCUGUGAAGCAGCUGUCAGGACUGUUACCACUUAGAUGUCAGCCGGUUGAAUGUGUUAUUGAUCAGUUUACUUAUUAAUUAAAAGUGGUUGUGUGUUUAUUGUUCUUGACAUAUACCUGUCCUCCGUCUUAUUUUCGUGUCAGGUGUGUUUUACUUUUGUCAAGGAGACAGGUUCACCCUCUGUCACAGUUAGCUGAAGCAAAUACAGGCUUACUUGAGGAAUUUAUUUUUUAUUGAUCAACAAUUAAUUUGAUGAUUUAUAGAUCGCCUGUAGAAUAGAAUGGUUCACAAGAGCGUACAAGGCAAAAAGAAGAAAAAGGGGGAAAAAAACAACCAAAUAUCAAAUCCUGAAAUUACAAACUAUGAGGGAGAGAAAUUGAUUUGCCUUAUAUAACAUCACAGACAGUGAUUUCUUGAUUUUUGACAGAUUCUUAUAUGUUAUAUUUAAUUUAAAUUACAAAAAAAAAAAAAAAAUUCUACAGAAAGGUUGAUUUGGGUACAAAAAAAAAAUUCAGAGGUCAGUACUUUUCUCGAUCACAUAACUCUUUUCUGCCAGGUGAGAGCUUGGGAAGUCAUUCAUUCAGCUAGCUAGACUGAGAUGAUCCACAUUCAUGUUUCCUUACAGCUGGUCUGUGUAUAAAUUGUCUGUAGUCAUGCAGAUGUCAGCUCUGUGAAAAGUUGUUAUAAAUUUGUACAGGGCUGUCAUAUAUCAUAACCGAGUUCAUGAGGAAUUACAUAUUUUCAGUGCAACUCUCACUGCAAUUCAGGCCUUGGUAUGUGAUGUUUUUUUCCUCCAGAUGGUCCAGAGGAUCACUGUGUCCAAAGCAUGUCAGAGUGUAACCUGCAGCCCAGUAACAGAACACAAUGGCUGUUUUUUGUCCUCUGAAUAGAGUCUUUGAUGCAAAAAAGUGUGACUUUAAACCUCAUGAUGUGCGGUCAGACUAAAAGUAGAUCGCCCUCAUAAACUAACUCUCUCCUUCUGUGUUUAUCUCCCUCAGAGAUGAGAUUGGGGUGAUACCGUGUCCCGAGGCCCGAUAUAACCGCAGUCCCAUUGUGUUGGUGGAGAACAAACUGGGUGUGGAGAGCUGGUGUGUAAAGUUCCUGCUGCCAUACGUCCACAACAAGCUGCUUCUGUACCGACAACGUAAACACUGGCUGGACCGGGAGGGUAAGUAAGACCACAUUAUUUUUCUUAAUCCAAGGUUUUAUCAUUUAUCAUACCAGGGAUAUUUGAAGAUGUGUCUAGGGAAAGAAUCAAAGUAUGUGCUCAAACCAGAGUCUGUUUUUCUCAUGAACUCACAGCUGGAACCUGAUUCAGAUAAGUAGACCUGACAGCUCAGAUUUAAUGCAUUUAAAAAGGUUUAUUGUGGUCAUGUAGUUGUGUUUCAGUUGUCUGGUCAGUCUGUCUGUCAGAUUCACUUUAACAUUUCUUUAAUCCAAACUUUUUUGAGCCCAUCUGCUGGGCUGGACUUGGUCGUACUGAUUUUUUUCAGCACAGAUACUCUAUGUGAUUAUGGAGUCUUACCCCCAGUUUCCACCGCAUCCGGAACGGCUACAAAAAGGCUGUAUCCGCCUAUCAAAACUGAUCGUAACCAUUCAAGUUAAUGUGUCUAUUUCCAUCACUGGACUUCGCAGCUGAAAAAGCAUUUCAGUCACACAAUGUCAAUUUCUGCGAUAUUCCACGUUUAACAGUAGAUUCCAUGUUUAUUGGCCAACUUCACGAUUCCAUUUGCGUCUCUGUUAACGCAGAAAUCAUAGGGCCCUAGAUGUUUUUCUUUUCUAAUCAAGUCAUUAAAAUGAAACAUUUGUGAACUGAGGGGCGACUGGUGAUUUAAAAAAAUACAAAGAUAGAUUUCUAAUAAUUUAUUCACUUAAAAACCUUUAAAAUAGGUUAUAACUAGGGUGCCCCGAUACGAUACUGAUAUUGGAUAUCGGUCCAAUAUCAGCAAAAAAAGUAAUAUCGGAUUAUAUCAGCCUGCAUCUAAAAUCUCUGAUAUCAGCACUCCGAUACAAGCAGUCCAUUCCAGACUCCACUCAGCCACCUCUAUAUAGUAGCGCCCUGAUCCAGCAAGCUGAGCCCACAAAAUCACAAUAACAGUGUGUACUAAGGUACUGACAAAGUAUCAAGGAGUAAGAGUGAUGUUGGCUUUGUGGCAGUAUUUUUUGUUUAAGUCCAAAAAAAACAUUGCAGCUGAGUGAAAAACUUGUUAUGCACAAUUUUUCACUAAUAUCGGUAUCGGUAUCAGUAUCAGUAUCAGUAUCGGUAUCAGUAUCAGUAUCAGUAUUGGUAUCAGUCAAUAGUGAAGGCUACAAUAUUGGUAUAGUAUCGGAAGUCAAAAAGUUGUAUUGGGACACCCCUAAUAACUACUGAUGUUUGUGUCCCACAGCUUUAGUUGACAUCACCUGCACCGUGCUGCUGCUCAACCCAGACUUCACCACAGCAUGGAACGUCAGGUAACUCCCUCCUCAACACCUGUCUUACCUGUUUGUGUAAAUCAGGUCACACUUUUCACAGCUGGAAACAUUUAACCGAACUGUCCUCUGUGUGCUAAACUUACAGUCGGUUCAGUGUGCAGUGUUGAUAAAACCUGGAUUUGGUUGAUCUGCAGGAAGGAGCUGGUGCAAUCAGGAGUCCUCAACCCAGAAAAAGACCUGUACCUGGGACAGCUGGCCCUCACCAAGUUUCCCAAGAGUCCAGAGACCUGGAUCCACAGGUGAGAUCCCUAAAUGAGAGCCCGUUAAGCUCUGUCAAUAAAAGGUGCCCGUUGUUUCCCUCUCCCAGGUGAUGGACAUCCCUCCCAGUUGGACAUACCUCAAAACCUCCAAAGAAAAGCAUCACGUAUUGUCUUAAUGUAGAUGCUGGAUGCUGCGGCAGGUCCUGGAUCAGCCGUUUAACCUUUGUUGCUGUCUUGAUCUAGACGCUGGGUGCUGCAGCAGGUCUUGGGUCAGUCCUCGGCCGGGGAUCGCAGAAGGAGGCAGCAGCAGAGAGAUGAGGCAGAUGCAGAGCGAAGCCAGCAGCUUAGCGAACACCUAGCUCGGACGCUUCAUCAGGAGAUGAAGGUGUGCUCUGAUGCUGCCUGCCGUUACCCCAGCAACUACAACGCCUGGUCCCACCGCAUCUGGGUGCUGCAGCACAUGGCCAGGGGUAACAUCAAGGUGAGGGGACUCGUAUGUUUUUAAAAACGCUUGCUAGCUUCUCUUAAAUCAGCCUGUUUACUGUUUCACCCCUUAUUAUAUUCAAGCAGUGUGUAAAGUACGACAUUUUCUGUUACUGAGUACAGACAGGUGUUUGAAUCUCACUUCUUAUGAGGUGUGAGCUUGAAACUGCAGAAGCAGGCAUCACAGAGACUCAGGUUUGGUUUUGUUUGCCUCUGUUGUCUGGUGUUUUUUCUGACAGAUGUUUCUCCUCUUCUUCCUUCCAGGUGUUCUAUGAUGAGCUGUCCUCCAUGCGCCUUUGGGUGUCCAUGCACGUGUCUGAUCACAGUGGAUUUCACUAUCGUCAGUUCCUACUGAAGGAGCUGGUCUCUGAGCUCUCCCAGUCUACGGCCUCCAGCACCAGUUCCCCCCAGCACAGGUCCAGUUCGGUCUCUAGCAGCUCCCCAGUCCCCUUUCACAACCACGCUAAUGGGGAGCUGUCAGGGGGAGAAGGGGGGGAAGACGAGGAGGAGAGGCAGCUCAGCUUCAUCACCGUCCUGCAGCUCUUCCACCAGGAGAUGGAGCUGAUCUCAGACCUGAUCCAGUCUUUUCCGGGGCACGAGACGCUGUGGAGCCACAGGUGAGAAAACACAGGGAUUUCAACUUCCAACCCGGCUUCAGAACCCGAUCAUAUAAUCGUGCUUAAAGACCCACUCCGAUGAAAUUCACGUUUUUCUUGUUUUUUUAUCUGUUCAUAUGGCAUUUUUUUAUGCUGCAGGACAUAUCAUGAGAAAACUAAAUGCGAAAUUGCUUUUCUGAGUAUUUCUUCAUUCAAAUCGCUGCGAAUAUCUGCCAGAGCCGGCCUAAGACAUAAGCGAACUAAGCGCCCUUCGGCCAAUAGGGGGCCCCCAAGAGCAAUCAAAAAAAAAAAAUUAUAUAUAUAUAUAUAUAUAUAGUAUAUAUAUAUAUAUAUAUAUAUAUAUACAUAUUUUUUUUUUUUAAAUUUAAAUUUAAAUUUUUUUAAUUAAAAAAAAAAAAAUUAUAUAUAUAUAUAUAUUUUUAAAUUAAACAUUUUAAAAUAUUUUUUAUUUUUUGCAUGUAUGACUGAUGCUUUCUGUAUGAUCAAAUACAAAUUAUUGCAAAAAUAGAAUAAAAUACAGUAAAAACAUUUUAUCGCUGCUGCUGAUGUAGGCCUAUGAUUCUUACUGCCAACAUGUCAAAGCUCCGCCACCAUUAUGUGCCUCCUGCUGUGCAAUGUGCACUGAACAUCCAAAGCACAGGUAGUUGUGGGGCAAAACAGUGUUGCAAAAAAGGACAUAUCCUUCAGGAGCAGAGAAAAGCAAGAGGAAGAAGAGAAAAAAGGCCAAGAUAAAGGUAUGUUUUCAUGUCAUGUAAUAUUAAAGAGAUUUGUGAAGGUGUGUGAAUGAUCAACGAUCAAUAUUAUCAGCAGAAAUAGAGGGCCCUAAAAUCAAAUUUUGCUUAGGGCCCCAUUGAGGCUUGGGCCGGCUCUGAUCUCUGGCAGACCCAAACAGCAGGUUCAGAAACAGUGAGAUUUCAUACGCAACCAAUCCAAGCUCCGCCCCCGGAGCCCCGCAAUGCAGGCCACACUCUGCAUAUAGAGGAGAAAUACAGAGGACGAUCGCGGAACAAGCGCGUGCUUUAGCGGAUUGUAAUACCUGCCACUUCUACUUCACUGGCAAUGUUAGGCUGCAAGCUAACGUGAAGACGAUUGUGCAGAGCAGCGCUGUCUCCGCCCACGACUCGGAGGCGAAUUGCUCAUGAACUACUGGAGCUCUGCAGAAGAAAAGCCCUUGAAACCGACAAAGGUAACACGAUUUUUGGUAAAAACUUCUUAAUCACAAUUUGAAGACCACUGAGAAGUAGUAAAAGAAAACGAUCGGAGUGGGACUUUAAGUCGUCAUGUGGGACAAAUUAACAUUAAUUAUUUAGUGUUUGCAUUUCUGUUGUUGUUACUCUUGUUAAAUGCGUAAACGUAGUUCUGAUGUGUUUUUAGGCGUCACGUGUUCUUCCUGUGGCACCAGUGGAGGACGGAUCAGCAACUUAGUAAUGAUGGUGGUGACUCAACGCUGCUGAGUGACAGGGAGGCGGGGCUUCAUAAAGGAGGGGCCCAGGGCUGUGCUGCUCAAGUUGGGGAGGGUGUGAAUGGACAGUGUCCCAGUGAAGCUAUGGAGGUCGAGGGGGCGUCUUUACCUGACCCACGGGACAGCAAACGUCUGAAGAGAGGGGUCCACCUGCCCGCCCCUCCCUCCCUGCCCUCUGAGUACACCUUCAUAAGCUCUGUGCUGGACAGCUGCUGCCCCUCCGAGCAGAGACGUUUCGCCCUGUCCUAUAGGAAGUGGUUAGACACAGUCAUCGUCCAGCAGCCCUGAAAGGACGGGACAACAUGUCUGGGAUCAGCUAACCCAGUACAGAACUCACUUUAACCUUCAGCACUCAAGAUAGAAGUCCUGGGUCAGUCCUGGAUCAAUCCUAGAUCCUGGUCUCCUGACAGAAGUACAAAGGACGGGUUCUUGUCUGGCCCGCCUGCUCUGGUCUUCCUGGAAACACGUGGACCCCCCUCAAGCUUCACCUGAGCCUGGAACCCUUCAGAGGGGAAAGCUGAGUCAAACUGUGUUCAGGUGUCUCAGGUCAACCUCCUCUGAUUAUUAUUUUUGUGAUACAUCAACAAACAAACAAAGUAUUUCUGUGAGUCUGCAGGUGGAUCAGAGUCUGAGCUGAACACAGACACAAUAUUAGAGAAAACAUCGUUGAAGUAUGUAUGAAAAAUUACUUUUCAUACAUGAGGUUUUCUUUCAUCACAGUGUGUUCAUAGUUUGAUCUAUUAAGAGUAUCACAUUUUUCUGAAACACCUUCAAAAGAACAUCCAGAGUAAACAAACACGAAUAAAAAUGAACUCAGAAUGAACAGUUAGAAAUCACAGACUGAUUCAGAUUUCACUGCGAAUAAUCUGAGGAGUCAUGAAAUUAUAUUUUCACUCUAAACGGUGAAAAGAAAAAGUUUCCUUCGUGUCGGUGUUCUCUCUGCACUCACCUGUGCGGGUGUCACAGUCAGGAUCCUCCCCCUCUCUGAAGGAGGUCACAUGUUGUAACUCUUUGUCCGCUGCUCAGUAUGUUCAGUUAACGCUAACGAUGUAGCUCAGAGCUAACUGACAGUAGCAGCAACAGGAAGCUAACAGCGCGCCGUCGGCUAAAAACAGCCGACCGUCUCACAGAGAUUUUAGCCUUAGCAGUUAGCUGUACUCAUGUUUGACUCCAGGGUCUCUGGUGCUACACGCUGCUGUUACUCUGCCUCUGUUACAAGCGAGCACAGGUUUGAAUGGAGCAGUCUCAUAACGAUGUUGAUGAUGAUUGAUUAUAGACAGGCAUUAAUAACAAUAUUUAACUCUUUGUGUUACUUAGCUCAAAGUAGCUGCUUCCUGUCACCGCCCUGUAUAAAUAAAGAUGUGACAUUACAAAGGUCAAAGGUCAAAUGACCUGUAUGUAUUUGUGUUAAAGAUCAAUAACAUUUAAUCAUUUUUACUGAAUCGGACGUAAUUCUGCGUUUAACGUCAGUUUAGCACAUCAGUAUCCUCUGUCUGUCUGAGGCGGUCACAUGAUCAGUUCGACAGGCAUCUGAUUGGUCGGUUGGAUCAUCAACUCCAUCACACUCUGUGAUCCUCUGAGAAUUUACCCCUGGUGUUAUGGACUGUGUGUGACCUUUGACCUUCUGUCUUCACUGUAUGAUAGAGUGUGAUGAAUAAGCAGUGUUUUUGUUGGUGUCUCGAAGGGUGGGUUCAUAUCACAGGUGUAUGAUUGGAGAUUUGACCUUUGAACUUUGACACAGACUAUGCACAACAGUUUUUUUUAAAGGUUCAAUGAGCUUUUUACAGUGAAAUGUAGCUCCUGUUUUCUUAAGUUAUUCUUCAGUGGAGGGUCUGUCUUCAAAUAAUAAUCUGUAGGAUCUCAAUCAUUCAUAUUUAUUUUAGAUAAAACUGAUUUAUCUUUGUGUUUUAUUGUCCUCUCACCCACAAAAUAAACUCACCUGGGAUAAAAAUACA